AUGCACGAUCCAGGUGACACUGGGCCAACUCAGCCAAGCCUUGCGAGCAUUCUCGGCGUAGAGCAGCUCAAGCAGCUGUCACUAGGCUCGGACUCAGAGGCAAAUGAGGCGAAGGAGUUGGUCUUCAGACAGGUGCGCCAAGCUGUGGAGUCUCUCCAAGAGCAGCUGCGCGAAAGUGAGCCUUUGGUGGCUGAGCUGCAGGAGAAGGCAGAUGGCCUAGAGGAGAAGCGCAUGCUUUUGGAGCGCAAAGCCGCUCGUGCCCAGCGCGAUCGCGACAUAGCCGAGCAAGAUUGCGCAGAGGUGGAGGCCAAGGUGCGGCAACUCCGUGAAGAGGCCGCCCCCGUGAUCUCCCGUUUUAUGGAAGCGGAGGUCUUGCGCAGCCAAAUCCAGGUGUGGAGUGAAGACCUGGCGAGGCUGCAGCAAGAGGUGGCUCUAUGUGAGGAGGAGUUACGAGAGGGUCUGCCAAAGCUUGCAGAGCUGGAGGAUGAUGAGGCUGAGUGUGAAGGGGCCAUCGCACAGCUGGAAGCCUCGCACACGGAAGAGGUGGCGCUGCUGAAGUCUUUGCACAACCAGGAGAGCAAAUUGCCCCACACGCGUUCCAUCGCAGAACUUCGUGCCAUGGCCAUGCUUUUUGGUGAUGGCAAUCCGAUCGAGAACUCGGCAGAGCUCCCUUCGUGGGCCGGCCUGCUGAAGUGGCACAGAAAAGUGCACCUUAGCAAGCAACAGGAGUACCGGAGCCUCAGACUUCAGGGCCGUUUGGGCCAGCUGAAUUGCAAUGUGCGGCAGACGCUUAUGUCGGUUUUGGCACUGGAGGGGACAGCCUCCAGCCGCACACACCUGCAUCUGCCGCACUUCCGCUACUCAUACGAGGGCUGCCGGCAUCAGCUGUACCGGGUUCUGGCCGCAUUUGCUCUUCAGAAUGUGGAGGUAGGUUUUCACAAGGACUUGGCCGUACUAGCCUCAGUGUUCCUGGCGGCCACAGACUCCGAGGCACAGGCGUACGCCCUGCUAUCAGAGACCUACCACCGUCUUCAAAUGAAACGCAUGCUGGUGCCCGAAAGGGACCGCGAGACCAAAGGCAAGCAGAGCCUCAAACAACAGGUGAAGGUGAUUAUCGCUUCCUUCAAGUAUUGCUGUCCGGCCACCGUCGCAGCUAUCGAGGAUGAGGGCUGCGAGGAGCUCUUGCAAGAGAUGUUGGGCGGAUGGCUUGCCAGUCUUUUCUGCAGCAGCUAUUCGCCAAAGCGGCAGAAGCUCGAGGAGUUCUUGCCGCUACUCACUGCAGCCAUGGAGGCUUCGACCCAUGAAGAUCCUGCCUGCAACAUACGCGAAAUCGCCUUGUUUAUGUUACUACAGAACUCGGCGCGGCUCAUGAAAGCGCACGAGGCCGCGCGGCUCCAAGAGGAGUUGCAAGACCUCGCCAACUUCUUGCCGGUAUGCAGGGGCUUUGCGACUGCACUGGACCAGUUCCAGCGGCAGAGGAAGCUGAAGUCCCAGUCGCAGCAUCAGGCGGAGCUUGCCGCGUUCCUGCCUGUGGCGCUGCUCAGCGGCUUCUGCUGCCUGCAGGAGUUGCAGCUCUUGCUCCACAGCAUGUCCUCUGCGGUGCCCCUGUGCUCGCUGGCGUUGACUUUGGUGUGCGCGGAUUCAAGCCGAACCUUGUGCCAGGGUGUCUGGGAGUUCUGGAGCCAGCCGCAGAAUGCGGAGGAGCCUAAGGGCAUCACGUGGCUGGAGCUGGAAGAGGAGAGCGGCUCAAGUGAAGCGCAGGAGGAAGAUCUUGAGGAGGAGUUUGACUUCGAGUUCUUCCUGGGCAAAGACCAUCCCCGAUCUGAAAUCCUCGACGCGUUGUCGCCAUUGAAAUAUGAGUUUAUCCAGCUUCUGGAAAGGCAAGAUGAGCAGCGCAUCGCUUUUGUGACGCUCGCCACUUCUGAGUACCGUGAGGGAGCUUUGGUACUGACAGCCGGCCUCCGCUCUCGGGUGGACGCAGAUGUGGUCGUUUUCGGUGACGCGGAGAUGUCUCUGGUUCCAGGCGUGCACUGGCGACCUCUCUCGGAUUUGCCUGAUGUGCCAGUGCCAAGCGGCGAGCCGCUGAUGCCGAACUUUCGUUUCUGCUGGAAGAAGCUUGGCUUGUGGGCGCUGGAGGAAUAUGAUGUCAUCAUCUACUUGGAUGCUGACACCUUGAUCCUCGGAGAUGUGCGGUCAUUGUUGAACUUCAUUCCAGCACAAGGUGAGUUGGGUGCCGUGCCAGCUUGUGAAUGCUGGCGAAGCGAGUCCUGCAACUACACUGCCAAAGAUGCGGAUGAGAGCGACUUCUACUUCAACGCAGGUGUUCUUCUGUUGCGACCCUGCAAAAGAGAUUUUCUCAACAUGAUGGAUGCGUUGAGCAGACGCCAGCCUCAAGCGGCAAAAGGCCCAUGCCAGCAAGCUGCAGCCGAUCGUCUUCCUGCUGAAAUGCCUUUCGCCGAGCAGGAUUUUCUGAACAUUUUCUUUCGACGAAAAGUUCGUCGGCUGCCGCCCACCUUCAAUGCCUUGCAGCAUGCCCUGCGAAACCCGAAGCAUGCGAUGCCUCUGGACACGUGCUGCGUGCUGCACUUCGUCAUGGGGAAGCCGUGGGCUCGCGCCUCCCGACUCGAGGAGGACUUCGCCGAGCUGCGGGCGCUUUGGUGGAAGGCGCACGAGGAGUUUGCCCCGUAUGCCAACGUGCGGCCAAUGUGGCACCAACGGCGGGUGCACGAGAAGCUUCCCCUCUUCCUAGUGCCCGGGUACCUCUCAGCCCAGAAGCAGGCCUCCCUCCUCUCGACCGUGCAUGGGAUGGAGCGCUGGGUGGAGCUCCGGAAUCGGCGGCUGCUGUGCCUGGGAGGCGUGCCGCACCCCGACGGGGCCAUUUGCGAUGUGCUGCCGCCAGUGAUCCGUGAGCUCGGAGCUCAGCUGGUGGAAGCUGGCGGACUCUCAGGUCUACCGAAUCAGUGCCUGAUCAAUGCCUACUCACCUGGUCAGGGCAUUGAUGCACACAGCGAUGGUCCUCGAUUUGAGUCAGAGGUCGCCAUUGUGACUCUUGAGGGCCCAGCACUCAUGCACUUUGGCCUGGUUGAGAAGAAGGCAUAUCCCGCUUUGCCGCCGCGCUUGGAGGUGCUUUUGGAGCCUGGCUCUUUGCUGGUCAUACGGGACGAAGCCUACGAGUUGUACGUCCAUCGCAUUGACCACGCGGAAGUGGAUGUGACCAGGGAGGGCCUUCAAGUUCCUCGCGCUCCUCGGCGGACUUCUCUGACUUUGAGACGCCUCUCGCACGUUCGCCAGAGACAGGAUCAGACAGAUGAGCAGUGGGACGCUGCGCAACAGCUGCAGUGGCAAUGGUGGAAUUCACAGCUCAGCGAGAUCGACUGA